CAUCUAGACAUCUUCCGCACCGCCUGCUAGCUUCUUUGUUUAACUGCAUUUAAGGCCCUUCCCCUUCCCCGCACUUCUCUUAAACAACCACCCAAUGGAUAUCCACUUCGACGAAUCUUGGUGUCCAGUCUGUGACAGGCAAAUCAUGCCUAAGCGAUAUACAGUCCCCGUUCUCCCACAACCUCAAGAACCUAUACCUGUCCCCACUCCAUCGCCAACAUCGUCAUCUCCGUCGAAAAACCAACAGAGUGACUCUACCGCACGCACUACACGAACGAAAACAGGUGCCGUUCGUGCAAAGAAUGGUCUUUUGCAAGGCACCGGUCGCGUCAAGCCUAAUGGUGCUAUCAAGCGAUCGGACUCAACAACAGUGGCGAACAAGGCCCGUGCCACGCCACCUCAACCCCAACAACCCGUCGCACCUGUCAAGCACCGCACAAUCAUUGACCAGGGUCCUAUCCCUCUUUACUGUUCAGAUGAAUGUCGUCUUCAAGACUUGGCAAGACUCGAUGGUGCUUAUCCCUUGAAUUACCACCCUGAUCGUUCGUCACCGCCUCUUCCUCGCGUGCCUCAUAAUUCCUUCGAGGGACGCUAUUGCGAGUCAGAAGAUGAAUCCACCAGUGCUUCCGGAUCAUCCCUGGAUUCAGGGUUCUCGUGUUCCUCACCAACCAUCACCGUCUCUCGUAGUAUGGCCACCCUGGCCGCACUCUAUAACUUCCCUCCCUUGCCUCCUGCACCACCCAUUCUGUCAUCAGUCGAUAGCAUGUCCUCAUCGGAGCCCGAGUAUCGCAAUGAUUACCAGGGUGGAACGAUGAUGGCAAGCAAGCGUAUCAAGGAGGUAUUAUGCCCGCCACGUCCCAAGCCUUCUUCGUUAUACAAUGAACUACCUCAGCCUAGGAAACCAGUUCCUGGCUGGACCGACGGCGGUAGUGAGUGGCGUCAAUCAGUCUAUGGCGGAUACUCCAAACGCCCGGACAAUGCAUCUGUUGGAUCCGAGAAAGCACAAACUUCAUUUGCAGCAUCAUCCCAUCGUGGUGUCAAUUGGACUUCGACCCUGUCCCAGUCAAACUCAUCUAGUGCUCUUGCCCCGCCGCGUCCUGCUUCCAACCUGCCUCCUCCUCGCUCGAGUCAGUCGUACAGUGACGAGUUGUACACCAAAUAUUCCCUUCCUCUUUCUCGCAGAUCAGAAUCGCGCAUGUCACUCUUCCGUCCGUCGACGUCGUCCUCCACCCAUUCACCUCCGCUUUCUCCUACUUCCACAUCUUCGUCCUCGAGACGUCGUCGUGAACAGCCUCUGAUCAAGAGAGGCGCGGAGGGUCGAUUACUCGUUCCUGAAGUCGUACUCACCCGAAACAACUCGAGCAUGGGUUUACUAUCGCAGCAAUUUUCCAAACCUAUGGACCGGCAUCCCAGCGAAGCCAGUGAAGACAGCAUUUCGAGCGACUGCACGUCUGAAUCACUCGGUCCCGCUAACCGACCUGCACCACAAACUCGCACAUGGUCAUACGAUAACAUCAAGACCUACCCUGUGAUGAUGCCUCCUGCGAAGAAGGAGAAACGCAUCGAGCAUCACAUGGUUGAUGGCGAGAUCAAGGAGGUCGAAGUUGAGGUCGAAGUUGUCCAACCCUUGAAGCGCCUCUUCCUGUUCCCUGGCAAAGAAACUGUUCCUGUGGGACGGUCAUGAGUGGCACCCACAGCCAGUCCCGGUCUUGUCAGUUUCCCGAGCAUUCCAUCAUACCCUGUAUUCGCAAGGUCUCGGCUCGCCGACGGCCAUACCGCCACGUUCACGACGCAUACCCAUUACUUUAUCGAUUCUUUA